UGCUGGAUCCAUCCCUAAUGGAGAAGCAGAUUUAAGUUUGCAGCCUGGCGGACUGACGGAGGGAGCUGCAAGCCCAGCACUUCCAAGCUGUUCACCUGUUGCAGAGGCUGUGCAGAUGAAGACUGAAGAAGAGGUGGAUUUCUUGAGGGAUCUUGCUGAGAGUUCGGCUUCCGAAGGAAUGAUUAACCGUGAAAGCUGGAGUCCUGUUGAAACUGCUCAGGAUCCAUCACUGUUGGAGCCAAAGCAUCCAUGUCGUUCUGCAGAAAGUGAUAAUUUCCUAGAAGAUGGACUAAGUGGAGAUUGUACCUCAUCGCAAGACAUACUUAAAAGAAGAUCUGAGAGUGAAUCUGAUCUCUUUCCUCUCUCAGGAGAUGGGGUGGACGAGGUGGACUUCGGGAAGCAGCCCGAAGAGGAGCAGUCAGCGGGCGAUAGCACAAGUUCUAGUUUCUCUGCCGACGAUACGCUGUCCCUAGAAAGGAACUCAUCUCUUGGGAGUGACAUCUCCCUCCCUCAGGCGCUAGGCUUCAGCAGGCCCAAAGAUCGGUGCAGCCUAGAUGGCAGCUGCUUCAACAUGGCAACAAGCGCCGAGGGCCAAGAUGGUGAAGCUGGCGUCUCCGGGGAGCUGGAUGAAGAGCUGGACAGCAUCACGGACGUGCCCCCUCCUGCCUCUGCCCUGAAGAGCUCCAUGAGGCCGUUGUCUCCUUUCCGCCGGCAUAGCUGGGGCCCUGGGAAGAAUGGCAGCCACGAGGCUGAGAUGAACCAUCGAAGUUCAAUGCGAGUGCUGGGGGAUGGUGUAAGGAAGCCUCCCACCCAUAGGAGAAGUCUGAGCUGGUGUCCCUCUGAUGUCCAGUGCACUGCCAUGGGUGCUGAUUUGAAUGGCAGAAGUUACAGCUUAGAAGGCCUUGCUGGGGAGGGUGACGGUACUAAGAAGCCACCCUCCAGCCUCGAAACAGCAACUCUGAACACCAAAGAUCUCCGGCAAAGCCCCCUGGCAAAUGACGAGCGUGGUUCUCUAGUCUCACUCAACGAAGAGGAGCUGGAACUAGAGCAAGGGGCAAUUAGAAGUCUUAACCGCCAGAUACGCCAAAGAUCUCAGCCCCGUGCCUUCAGCUUCACUGCAACUCCUGUUUCUCCCCCACUGACUAAGUCCAUGUCAUUGAUGACCAUUGGCCAAGCUGGACCAGACACCCAGGGACGGACUCGGCCAUCCAGACGAAUUUCCUUCUCCUUCAGCAUCUCUCCACUCAUUCCUAAGUCUAAAACUGUCUUUUCUAUUGGCUCUUCUUCCAGUGAUGAGGAUGAGGAGUUGGAUAGUAACAGAUCUUUCAGCAGUACUGGCAGUUCAUUGACUCAAAGCAUCUGCGAGGAGAGCGGCAAUUUCCUGCCUCCCAGCCCAUCCAGAAAGGACUUGGACAGCAAAAGUGGAACAAAAGUCAGCCGCACGUUCAGCUACCUCAGGAAUAAAAUGGUCAGCAGUAAGAAGAGCAAAGAAAAAGAGAAAGAUAAGGAGAAAACAAAAGAGAAGGACAAAGACUCCAAGGAAAAGGACAAGAAGAUGAUAAACGGGCAUCUCUUCAGUGCCACCCCGACGGUGGGGCCUAUCCAUUGUUGCCACUGUUUGAAGCCUUUUAACAAGGAUUCCUUUGCCUGUGCAAGUUGUGGUGUCCUGGUCCAUAAAAACUGCAAGGAGAGUGUGGUUGCUUGUGCCAAAGUCAAAAUGAAGAAAGGAGGAGGCCUUCUAGUCAAUGAUACUUCCUCGUUACCUACAGUAAUUAUGAGAAAUAAGCCCUCUCAGCCAAAGGAGAGACCUCGAUCUGCGAUUCUAGCCCCUGAUGAGAACACUGUGACCUCCAUGUUCAAUAGCAGGCGAUCCCAGCAUAACCCUUCCCUUUCGAAAAGUGUCUCCAUCCAGAACAUUGCUGGAGUUGGGAACGAUGAAAACAUACUUUCAUGGAAGUUCCUCUCCCAGUCAACGGACUCCUUGAAUAAAAUAAGCCGGGUGAACGAAUCCAUGGAGUCAUUAACAGAUGAAGGUGCAGAUAUGAAUGAAGGCCAGCUCAUGGGAGAUUUCGAAACAGACUCAAAGCAGCUGGAAGCCCAGUCCUGGAGCCAAGUCGUAGAUGCCAAGUUUCUCCGGCAACAAAAGAAGGAUGUUGUGAAGCGGCAAGAUGUCAUUUAUGAACUGAUGCAGACGGAAAUGCAUCACGUCCGCACCUUGAAGAUCAUGAGCGACGUGUACAGCAGAGGAAUGGUGCAGGAACUGCAGUAUGAGCAGCAGAUGGUGGAAAAAGUCUUCCCUUGCCUGGACGACCUGCUAAACAUCCACACCCAGUUCUUCCAGCGGAUUUUGGAGAGGAAGAAGGAGUCGCUGGCGGACAGAAGCGAGAAGAAUUUUGUCAUCAAGAGGAUAGGGGACAUCCUUGUGAACCAAUUUUCUGGAGAGAACGCUGAGAGAAUGAAGAAAACCUACGGCAAGUUCUGCGGGCACCACAAUGAGGCGGUGAAUUACUUUAAAGACCUUCAUUCCAAGGAGAAACGGUUUCAAGCAUUCAUCAAGAAAAAGAUGAGCAGCUCUGUGGUGAGGCGUCUGGGCAUUCCCGAGUGCAUCUUGCUAGUAACACAGAGGAUCACCAAAUAUCCUGUGCUGCUACAAAGAAUACUGCAGCAUACCAAAGAAAACGACGAGGAACAUCAAGAUUUGGUGCUGUCCCUAAACCUGGUGAAGGAAGUAAUCACUGCUGUGAACAGCAAAGUCAGCAACUACGAGAAGAAGAUGCGCCUCAAUGAAAUCUACACCCGGACAGACAGCAAGUCUAUCAUGAGAAUGAAGAGCGGGCAGAUGUUCGCCAGAGAGGACCUGCGGCGCAGGAAGUUUGUCCGGGAUGGGCCCAUCUCCCUGAGAAAUGCAGCCAGCAAAUUGAAAGAAGUCCAGGCUGUUCUCCUCUCAGAUGUUCUGAUAUUUCUUCAGGAAAAGGACCAGAAAUAUGUGUUUGCAUCUCUGGAUCAAAAAUCCACAGUGAUAUCUCUAAAGAAGCUGAUUGUCCGAGAAGUGGCCCAUGAGGAGAAGGGUUUGUUCCUUAUCAGCAUGGGAGGGAAGGACCCAGAAAUGGUGGAAGUUCGUGCCAGCUCUAAAGAAGAGCGCAACAGCUGGAUACAAAGCAUCCAGGACACCAUGAAUACUAUGGAUAAGGAAGAAGAUGAAGGCAUCCCUAGUGAAUCGGAGGAGGAAAAGCGAGUGCUCGACACCAAAGCCAGGGAACUGAAAGAACAGCUCCAUCAAAAAGACCAGCAGAUUAUCACACUACUGGAGGAGAAGGAGAAGAUCUUCCGGGACAUGACAGACUGCAGCGGGCACGAGGACAGCUUGGGGGCUAGGACCUUGUUCCGGGCCAACACGGAAGAGGCACCCAAGGGGGAAAGUGUGAUGAAGAGUGUGAUAACCGAAGUUGAGCUGUUGCAAGGGUUGGUGAGCAGGAGCCUUGGAAGUGCCCUUGGGCAACAGAUGAGCAGCCUCACCUUGGAGCAAGAGGGCGUUGGACCCGUCUCCCUCCCCAGGAGGGCAGAGACAUUUGGAGGAUUUGACAGUCACCAAAUGAAUGUAUGCAAGGGGGUGGAAAAGGUUGAAGGAGACGAUGUGCAGGAUCUUCGGAGGACAGAGUCAGACAGUGUUUUGAAGAAGGGAGGAACAGCUAACUUGAUGUUUGUGCUGAAAAGGAACAAUGAGCAAGUUCUCCAGAGCAUCACUCACCUCCACAGCUUGCUGGGUAUGUUGCAGGCUGUUGUCGUGCAGCAGGACACCUACAUUGAGGACCAGAAGCUUCUCCUGACGGAGAGGGCCCUGACCCGCAGCUCCCUGCGCCCCAACUCCCUGAUCGAGCAGGAGAAGCAACGCAGCCUGGAGAAGCAGCGGCAGGAGCUGGCCAACCUGCAGAAGCAGCAGGCCCAGCACCAGGAGGAGAAGCGGAAGAGGGAGCGGGAGUGGGAGGCCCGCGAGAAGGAGGUAGCGGAGCGGGAGGCCCGGCUGGCCCAGCGGGAGGAACAGCUCCAGAAGGGGCAACACAGCCUGGAGAAGGAGCAGGAGGAGCUGCAGCAGAAGAAGGCCACCUACCAGCUCGACCUGGAGCACCUCCGGGCAGCCCAGAAGCAGCUGGAGAAGGAGAAGGAGCAGCUCAAGAGGGACAUGGAGCAGAUCUCCCAGCUGCGGGCGGAGCCCAACCACAGUCCACUUUCCAACCAGCACGGCAAGAUGACCAGGACACCUUCCCUUCCCGUGCCCGACAACUCGUCUUCCAGGCAACAGGACCAUUUGGAGAAAGAACUGUCUGCGUCGCCCAAAAGGAACAGCCUCACAAGGACGCACAAGGAGAAAGGCGCUUUCCACCUGCUUGGCACGACAACGUCAAGCCAAGCCAACAAGACAGCUGAUGGACAGGGUCAGGUGCAGAACCGCCUCUUUGGCUUGGCCAAGCCGAAGGAGAAGAAGGAGAAGAAGAAGAAAGGCAAAGGGCACCGUUCUCAGCCAGCUGAGGCUCAGUCGCCAGAAGCAGCACCGGAGGGCGAGGAAAUCUUCUGCUGACCCUACUGUUCCACCUCCUGCAAGGAUGAGGCUGCCUCGUGCUGUGCCCUGCAGAGCUCUCCCCAGCACAGGGCAGAUGCAGCAGCGGCUCUUGUCUGCCUUGAACUGAAUUGUCCUUGCAGCGCAAACCCACCUGUCUGCCUACAAUUUGCAGCCUGCUCCCGACUGCUGGUUCUGCCCAUGUCCUGGAUCCAUUACCUUUUAAAAGGCAGCAGGGGGGGGGAAGCUUCG